AUGGCAGCAAUGUCCUUUGAUAAAUAUAUUGCCAUUUGCCAGCCUUUGCAUUCCCUAGCCAUUAUAAACAGCAGGUUUUGCCUCAAGCUGAUUUUGGCUUGCUGGGUAGUGAGUUUCUUUGUGAUGUUUCCUCCCACCAUUAUGAUUGUCCAAUUGCCAUUUUGUGGUCCCAGUGUCAUGAACCACUUUUACUGUGAUACCCCCUUUUUAUUACAGUUGUCCUGUAUGAAUACAUGUUUCAUUGAGGAAUUGAUGCUGGUCAUAUUAAUUAUCAUCAUACUCAGUGCCUUAAUAGUAACUGUUAUUUCUUAUGGCUGCAUUAUUGUAACCAUCUUGCAUAUCCCAUCUUCCACAGGAAGGAAGAAAGCAUUUUCCACUUGCUCAGCUCAUCUUAUGGUGGUGAUGAUAUUUUAUAGUACCUCCAUUUGCAGGUAUAUCUGCCCAGCCCACCGGGGUGGAUGGCAUUCUGACAAAGUUUUUGCUUUCUUCUUUUGCAUAGUGACUCAAAUGCUUAACCCAUACAUCUACUCCCUCAGGAACAACCAGGUCAAGCACGCAUUAAAGAGGAGCGUGGUGAAGGCAUUUUCCAGCUCCCUGAGUCAGUCGAGAGCUGGACUAGCUCCUCCAGUUGACUGA